UCUUUCGCUCCACUCUGCACAAUCCUAGCUGAGUGAGGGUCGUUGGAUCCCGUUCCAUGAAAAAGAAUGAGAAGAAAAAGCAAUAUAUCUCGAUGCUUAAAGGCUUUCCUUCCAUGUGUUGCGUUACACUCACGAUAUCAGGGUCCCCUUCCAUGGGUCGGUCCUUAGACAAUUUUAAAACCCACCUACGCUUUCCAAUCCAAAUAACGUUCACCAUCGACGGGUGACCUUCAUCGCAGCUCAACAAGUACCUGUAUGCGCCCGGCCGAUAUUUACCUUCUAACUAGGCCUACCUACCUGCCUUAAUUUGGCUGCCUUUCCAAAUUCGAUUGACCAGUUAAGCACAUACCUGUUGUACCUGCACAGAUCACCUCGAGGGAGAGCCGCUCAUCGGUCCGGCAAGGUGCACCGCCAGUAUCACCUCGUGUCCAUUGUCGACCGGGCACACCGGGGCGAUUUUGUCUCGUCACGGACUGCGAUCUUCUUAGAUUCUUUCUCGUCCACUCUUUCCAGGACAAGGCUUCAUCGUCGGCUGGCAGUAGCCGCCGUCCCUCAGACCGGUAAAGGGCUGCCUGCCUGCAAACCUGUAGCAAAGCCGCUUAUUAUCGUGUCGGAGAGGGCCGGUCCUUCCCUUCGGACAAGGUCUGAGGAUAAACGGACGCGAAGCAAGACAACUGACGACCGCCACAAACUGCGUCGUCUACUGCUGCAAGUUGUGUUCUUAGGUGCACCCCCUUUGAUAAUACCUACCUGCCUAAUUUUCGUCUACCUACUUUCUUUUUUUGGAGGCACACACAGAGGCCUCUCCUGCCAGUUGCCUUGGCCCUUGUCGUGGUCGUGCCACAUUCGCGGGUAGGACUCUCCGUACCUUCCUGGUUCUCGGACAAUUACAUCUUUACUUCUGCCUUUUCAACACCCCGGCCGCCACAUGCAGCGGAAGCACAGCAGGAGCGUUGACGAACAGGGACGGACCAUCCUUUUGCUGUUUUUUUUCGACGGCCAAAUAGAUGGCCUGGCUUGAUCAAAUUCAUGACCGGGACAUAAAAGCUCAUGCGUCUCGCUGCUUUUGAAGGCCCCUCUGAUUUUCUUCAAGACAAGAACAUAACAAACUCAAUUCAGUCUAUUCCCAUCGUCAAGUUUUUCCACCAUCUUCAACAAAUCGUUGCUAGCAACUUUUCUCCUGUUCUUCUGAUCAAACCGGAAGUACCUUUCUUUUCUCGUUCAACACGAAUACAGUCCCGUGACGACUCUCUCUGUCCACCUGCUUCUGUUCUUGUCGGACUAUUUUCUUGAUCGUCACGAUACAUACACACAAGACAUAAAAUGGCUUCAGUUCAGACUACCCUUCCCCAUACCCUGUCACCUGCAGCCGCUGAGCAGGGACAACUCCCGGCUGGCUUCCCUGCUGUCUUGGACAGCAACCUUGCCUGGAUCGGCGCCGACUUCAAGAACGCCGAGAGCUAUACAUAUCAACUCACAGACGCUGACAUUGCCGAAAUCGAUGAUGCUGUCAAGCACUUCAAGUCUUUGGAUCUCAAGGGAAACCAAGUUACCCGAGACACAUUCCCGCUCAAGGCCCUCGGUGCUAUCCUCGAUGGAGUCUCGGCCGAGAUCUACGAAGGCAGAGGCUUCGGCCUCGUCCGCGGUCUUGAUGCCCAGAAAUACACAACCGAGGACCUGACUCUUAUUUACCUGGGUGUCCAGUCUUACGUUGCCGAUCAACGCGGCCGUCAAGAUGCCAAGGGAAAUAUGCUGGUGCACGUUAUUCAGGACCAGACAAACCAGAUGGCCGCAAACCACCACCGCCACUCGAACAAAGCCAUCACAUUCCACACCGAUGAGGACGGAGACGUCAUUGGAUGGCUGACCCGUGGCCAGGCUGCCCAAGGUGGUAGCAGCGUCAUCGCUUCCGCAUACGCUAUUUACAAUCUCCUGGCAUCGGAGCAUCCGGAACUGAUCAACGCCUUGGCAUCGCCCUUCACCUUCUCGAUUCCCAAGAUUGAGCGCCGCCCUGCAAUUUUCUACCAUGAGGGAAGGCUUAUUGUCAACUUUGGCCGCACCCCUCUGAUUGGCAGCGAGGCUCACCCUCGCGACCAGAAACUGCCACUCCCGACGGAUGAGCAGCUCAGGGCCCUCGAUCUUGUCGAGGAGAUCGCUCACCGAGUCGAGUUGCGCAUCAAGACUCAGCCGGGCGAUAUUCACUUCAUCAACAACAUGGCCGUUCUGCACCGCCGUGAUGCUUUCACCAACGAUGGCACUCAAGCGCAAUUCGGACGUCGCCACCUCGUCCGGGUCCGCUGCCGUGACUCUCGUCGUGGCUGGGCCAUCCCCAAGGAUCUCGAGGCUGCGUGGGACAACGCCUUUUCGAUCGACGUGCGCCGCGGAGAGUCUUGGAACCUCGAGCCCAAGUCGGAGCUGUACUUCCCCCUGAGGAAGAACCCCAACUAAAACCCGAAGCCAUUUGCGACGCGCAACCUUGGCGACCGACACACCUCUGGGCUUGAGAUUUACUCUUCAGUGCUCAUCCCUACGACAUCUUGUUACGAUGAUUGGAAGAGAUUUUUUUGGUAGCUUGCCGUGUUUCAUGUUUAUGUACUUCUCCAUGCUGGCCCCUGGCUGAAGUACAGUACACGCACGCUACGGCCGGGGCAUUGGGGAGAGGAGUAAAAGUCUAGUGUUUUCCUUUUGCGGCAAUGGUUUAUCUGCAACGGUUUCUUAAGAUUUUGUACCGCUCACAAAAGCAAUGUUUCUUUUUUCUCCCUUUUUUUUUGGUCACGCACGGUGGGGAAUGAAUGGUAAGGAGUCUGUUGGUAGUACAUGUACCUAUACCCUGUGUUCACGGUUUUCUGAUGACAUUAAACUUAGUAUACUUUAGCAUGUCUCUCGUUAGCUUAGCAGCAGGAAAAAAAGGCAAAUGUAAACGAUUA